AUGCGAUUCCUCUGCGGCGUUCCCUGCAUGGACGCUGUCGUCGACGACGACGUGUGCGACAACGCGCGACUGGCAACACCAGACACUACCGCGGCGGUCCUCCGCAAGUCCGCGCAAGCGGAAGGAGCUGCGCAACACGGGGAAGGAAUCCUCCCCAGGCUGCCUGUCCCCAGGCUCGGCAGCGGAAGCCCCGCGGGGCGUCGGGGGAGCGGCGGCGUAUGCCAAGCCGCGGGCGCUGCUGCGCCUUCCGCCAACGGCACCGCCGGCGGAAGCCACGUGGCAGCUGGUCGCGCAAGCCGCAGCAGGCACGGCAGCGGAAGCGGCGGAGGGAGCGGGAGUAGCGGGGGGCUGGACGAGUGGGUGGGGGAGAGGAGCGAGCGGUGGUUGGGCUCCAACGGCUCUCACGCGGGAAACGCGGCGGAAUCGGCGGGAGAAUCGACAGACGAGGACGACGCGAGCGACAGCGGGAUCAUGUUCGCUGGGGCCAAAGCGGAGCUCGCUGAGCGCAUUUGGCGGCGGCAAGUGCGGGGAGCAAUGAGUAAGGAAGGUGCGGGAAGGGAGGGGGAAGCGGAGGAGGGGACGCGAAGGGACGAGGGCGCAAGAGAUGAGGGGCGCGGGAACGAUGCGCGCGCAGGGGAGCGGGAGCGUCGGGGGGAGGAGGUGGAGAUGAUUCGACUGUUGAAGGAGCGGAAAGAGCGGCAGCAGCAGCGCCAGCAGCAGCAACAGCAGCUGCAGCGGCAGAAGCGGCAAGGCCUCUAUCCGGAAACGGGUGGCAUGGGCACAGAAUGCGGCAGCUCGGCGAAACACUAUAUCGAGGACACGACUCGCCGAUUAGCGGAGCACGAGGAUAGGGGGGACGAGGAUGGGAGGGGAAGGGGGCAUGGAGAUGGGGGGGAUGUGGGAAGCGGGACGAGCGGCGGGCGGAACUAUUGGCGGGAAGUGGUGCGCCAAGGCUGCGCUGAGCGCGGGGAACACGGCGGGAUGGCGCAAGCGGAGGCGCGGAAACAGAUGGCGGAACCCGCGCAGAGGAUGGCGGAAGCGCAGGGGAGGGGACAAGCGGGAGUGGAGUCACGGGGGGCGGAGGCGGAGGGUAACACCUGCGACAGUGCGAGGGACAGUGAAGAGAGUGCUUUUAGCGAGGAUAGCUGGGAGAGGAGCGGGGAAGAACGCGCGAGGGAAGAACUUGGGGGAGUCGACGCGCGCGGGGAGGGGGAGAGACGGGGUGGCGCAGGAGAAGAAGCGGAAGAAGACGUAGACGCGCUAGAAGAUGAUUCGUCACCCGUUAAGAAGCUGUGGCAGGGGCUUAUGGGUUCAACGGGUGCUGGUGACACCACAGUUGGAAGUACUAGUGGUGCUAAUGCUGAUUGUACUGUACCUGGUCUUAGCGGCGCUGCUGUGUCUGCCGCUGCUGGCGGCGGCGGUAGCAGCGUCGUGUGCGGUGGGGGACAGGGGGGCAUGACGCCUAGGCGACGCGCGAAGAUGAUUCGACUGCUGGAGGAGGUGAGGGAGGAGGAGGGGGAGGGGGAUGAGGCGGAGAGAGAGGAGGGGAAGAGGGAGGAUGAGGGGGAGAGGGAGAAGGAAGGGGGGGAGAGGGAGGAGAAGAGGCAGAAAGGGUUGGGGAAUGAGAUGAUGAGUCCUGGUAAAGGGGUGGGUUGGCAGGGGGCGAACAUGGAAGAAGUGGGAGAAGGAGGAGGAGAAAGCGGGGAGGAGAGGGAGACUGGGUUUGACGAGAGGGAGAUGGGUUUUGAGGAAUCGCUUGGUGUGUGGAGAGCGAGAGAGGAGGCAUCGUGGCGCGAGAGGGUGGCGGGGUGGGAGGAGCGGAGAGGGGGCGAGGCAUGGGCGGAGGAGGAUGAUGGGGACGAGGGAGAAGGGGAUGGAGAGGGGGAGGGGGAAGGGUCAGAGCUUGUGAGAGAGGGACGAGAGGAGCAAGGGGAGUCGGUUGGAAGGGGUGGGGUGGUGGAACAGAGCUUGCAGUGGUUGGGUUCGGUUCUACAAGAGGAGGAGGGAGGAGGGAUGGAGAGAAGCAGAGGAGAGAACGACAGAGGGCUGGCAGUACAGUACGAGCUUACAGCACAGCAUGACUUAACAGCACAGCAAGAGCAUUCACUCACGUCCUCCUAUGAAACGCCAGUGGUGCAGUCAGGUGCAGAGGUAGCUGGAGCAGUUGUGUGGGCUGCAACGGAGAGUGACAGAGUGGAAGGUGGUGAGAGAGGGAGAGGUGGAGGGGAGCAGCAGGGGCGGAGAGGCGGUGAGGAGGCAGGGCGGGUAGAAGGUGAUGCAGGGGGGAAGGGAAGCAAGGCAGGGAAGGGUGGGAGGAGAGAAGCGAAGAAAGGAUGUGGGGUAGUGAAGGAGAAGAGAGGGCGAGGGGUUAAGGGUGGUGGAGAGGCGUGCAGAGGGGAAGAGGAAGGGUAUGUUUGGGACAAGGCUGGGGCAAGAGAGACACGGACAGCAGCAGCAACAGCAGCACCGUUGGAUUCAGCAGCUGUGCAAUCCCCAUCGUUGGAUGCAGGAGCAGCGGCAGCAGGGGAGCGUGCCGGCUUCUUCCCCCCACCACCACAGCAAGCAGCACCAACAGCCAUUGCACCACUAGUGGCACCAGACGCUACAGUCACACAGACGGGUUACCACCUCCCUUCUCGCACGUCCUCUCGCUCUCUCUCCUCCGCCUCCAUUCCCCCCCAUGCCUCCACAGCCACUGCUGCUGCUGCCGCCGCUGCUGUUGCCCGCUUCCUUGCAGCAGCAGAUUCCCAGCUUCAGCAAUCCCUCUCUCCCUUCCCUGCACCUCCUGAAACCACUGGUAACCCUGUUACACAGGAGAAUGGCUAUCCGUGGUACACUCCUCACCACCCCUCUCAACCGUACUUCUACGUACCAUCCCCAUUCACACCCUAUCCCACCACUGCUCCCAACCCCCCUGGAUCUUGCUUCCCUCCCCGAGCCAUCUCCCUCGGUGCCAUCAACACCCCCCUGCACGCUCCGAACCUCUUUUUCCCAGGCUCGGACCCGAACCACGCGAACGCAGCAGCAGCUCCUGCUGCUAUAGCUGCAGGCUCGGCACCGAGCCAAGAUGCACCUGGUUUGGGCUCAGACGGCGCCCAGGGUUCAGCCCAGGGGAGUUCUCUGCCCCAUCCACCAGAAAAUGCUGCUUCCCCCCACCAGUUCCCUACACCUGCUGCUGCUGCUGCUGCUGCCUUUCCUCCUCGAAUUCGCUCCCUUACAGCCAUUGGUGCAGGCACAGAGAGAGACAGCACCACCGGUGCUGCUACUGCUGCUGCUGCUGCAGCAGCAGGGUCUGGAAUGCAGUGUAAUGGCUACAGUGGUAACCAGCAGUCCACGCAAGCGUUGCAGCAGCCAAUGAUCAUCAGCGCCUCCUCUGCUGCUGAUGCAGUGGCUGCUGCUGCUGCUUCUGCUGCCGGAUCCAGUCACUUGGAUCUGCAGCCAAGACAGCAGCUAGCACAGCAGCCACCACAGCAGAAACAGCAAGAGAAGAAAGCCAAUCAGCAGCAGCAGCAGCAGCAGCAGCAGCAGCAGCAACACCUUCAGCCUCAGCAGCAGUCAAAGCAGCCGCGGAAGUCAUGCCUCAAGAAGGGCUCAAAGCAGAGCACAGCUCCCAAGGCAUCGCCACAGGAGGCAGGUGCAGGUGCAACGGCACCAGGCAAGCCAGCAGCAGGACGUGCAGGGACAGCAGCAGCAGGAGCCAAGAACCCAGCAGCAGCACGAGGAGGUACCACAGGCAGCAGUGAGCAGGGGGCGGCAGGACAGCGGCAGUACCUGGUCCUGGAGCUGCCUCCGCCAGACUCUACCGACCCUGCCACUCAUGCUCCCGCUGCUGCUACUGCUGCUGCAGCCGCCACGGAUAGUGCUUAUGCUGCCCAUUCCGAUGCGGUGACUCUGGGGUUUGGCAGUGGAAGCAGCAGCAACGGAGAGGCCACCAGCACCCCCAGCUCUAAUGCACUGCCGCCUGGUCACAACCUCUUCCCCUUCCCUCCCUUCCAUCCCUCCUCCUACCCCCCCUCUCCCUACCAGCCUUUCAUGGACCCAUACACAGGGCUUCCCUGGGGGAUGGCUCCACCAAUGAGGGGGAGCCACGUGGCAGCUCCUGGUUUCAGUGACCACCAGCCAUGGAUGAUGCAUCCCCAGGAGAAGCAAGUCCCUUUGUCCGCUGCACAGAGCGGUUGGGGUGCUGACGGUUGGACUGGUGGUAGCACUGAAGGAUGGAGUCAGGGUGAGGGUUUGAAAGCAGGUGGUGCUGGGGCGGAGGGAUUUGAGGUGCAUACAAGGGUGGAGGGAUUUGAGGUGCAUACAGGGGUGGAGGGAUUUGAGGUGCAUGCAGGGGUGGAGGGAUUUGAGGUGCAUGACUCAGUGACGUUGCUUCCAGAUGAGAACAGCAGUGGUGAGAGCUGUCGGGUCGAGGGUGGUAAUGGUGCUGCCAGCGGUGGUGGCAGCAGCAGUAGGCGGGUGAAUAAUGGGAAUGACGUUCAUCCAAAUGUGGUGAUCAGGCAGCGGAGCACCACCCCUCCACGUCAGCACCUUGUGCACAAAAAUAGUCAUAAGUGA